GAUGCGUGUAUCUCCUCUGAAAACACUUUACUUUAACCCUUUCCACUACUGUCACACUGGUGUUUUUUCCGUACGAGCGCCGGUUUUUAUCAUACUGUCUUGUGGAAGAAAUGUUAAUAUUAGUUUCGGUCCGUAAAGCUAUAAAACUAACUAUAACCACCGCCUGAGCUAGCUUCGCCUCCUCGACGACAUAAUAAUAGCUUUCAGGUUUUUUUGGGAACACGGUGUGCUCGAUCAACACCGCUCUCAUCCAGGACAGUACCGGUGGUUUUCAGAUAGUACUUUGAGUCAACAUAAUCAUUACUCAUCGUCGUUUAAAUAUCUUCCCUGACUGUGGUGAUGAAGUGGCAUCGGCUUACUUGCUAGCAACGCGAGCUAACAGCAGCCCUUGUUGCUAAAAAUACACUUUUUUCUGCCAGUCCACAUUGGAUUACUUGUCUUCGGCUUUUUUCUGGUCGCCUUGCUCGGAGUUUGGCACUCUACAUGGUCGCUACCGUGAAAACAAGACGACUGGAAGAGCGAGUGGGACCCCGGGGUUGUGAGCCGAGCUGGGCGGCUUCAGGAGGCUGGUCGGUGGUCGACUAUUAUUAUUUUACCCCAAUGGCCUUGUCCCUUCAUCUGUAGUAAUAUAACAAUCCUCGGUGCAGCCCAGGGGUUACAAGACCGACACUCUUUUUGUUGUUGUUGUUGUUAAAGGUCAAAGAUAAAACCCUUUGUUUCCACUGCCAACUGUCUUGAGAUUGACGAAAGACUUCAUUCAUCCACACCAUGUCGGAGGAUAACAACGCAGACAAAUUCAUCAAGGAGACAUCCAUUCUCGACGAGUACAGCAUAAACUGGACCCAGAAGCUGGGAGCCGGCAUCAGUGGACCCGUCAGAGUUUGUGUGAAGAAGUCAACUCAGGAACGCCUGGCACUGAAGAUCCUCAUUGAUCGCCCCAAGGCUAGAAAUGAGGUGCGACUCCAUAUGAUGUGUGCAAACCACCCAAACAUAGUGCAAAUCCUGGAGGUUUAUGCCAACAGUGUCCAAUUCCCGCAUGAGUCCAGCCCGAGAGCGAGGCUCCUGAUCGUCAUGGAGAUGAUGGAGGGUGGCGAGCUGUUCCACAGAAUCAGUCAGCACAGGCACUUUACGGAAAAGAUGGCCAGCCAGGUCACUAUGCAGAUCAGUCAAGCCCUGGAACAUUGUCACUCCCUAAAUAUUGCACAUCGUGACCUGAAGCCAGAAAACCUGCUCUUCAAAGAUAACUCUCUGGACGCUCCUGUGAAGCUCUGUGACUUUGGCUUUGCCAAAAUUGAUCAAGGAGACUUGAUGACCCCUCAGUUCACUCCCUACUACGUAGCACCUCAGGUACUUGAGGCUCAAAGAAGACACCAGAAGGAAAAGUCUGGAAUUAUACCUACCUCACCCACUCCUUAUACCUAUAACAAGAGCUGUGACUUGUGGUCUCUCGGUGUGAUCAUCUAUGUAAUGCUGUGCGGCUAUCCUCCAUUCUACUCCAAGCACCACAGUCGCACCAUCCCGAAGGACAUGAGAAAGAAGAUCAUGACGGGCAGCUUUGACUUCCCUGAAGAUGAGUGGAGUCAGAUCUCUGAGAUGGCGAAGGACAUUGUACGAAAGCUGCUGAAAGUGAAGCCAGAAGAGAGGCUGACUAUUGAGGGAGUCUUGGCUCACCCUUGGCUCAACUGCACCGAGGCUCUUGACAACGUGCUGCCCUCCGCACAAAUGAUGAUGGACAAGGCUGUAGUCGCAGGUAUCCAGCAGGCCCAUGCAGAGCAGCUGGCUAACAUGAGGAUUCAGGAUUUGAACGUCAGCCUGAAGCCCCUAAACUCUGUCAACAACCCAAUCCUCAGGAAGCGGAAACUACUAGGCCCCAAGCCCAGUGAUGGUUUCUUCAUUCAUGAUCCAGAGAACGGAGGGGAGGACUCCAACGUAGCGCUGGAAAAAUUACGAGAUGUCAUUGCACAGUGUAUACUACCACAAGCAGGAGAGAACGAGGACGAGAAGCUGAACGUGGUGAUGUAUGAAGCCUGGAGGUUCAACAGGGACUGUAAACUGCUGAGAGACGGCCUGCAGGGGCUCAGCUGGGACGGAAGAGCCUUCUCCGAUAAAGUUGACCGCUUGAAGUUGGCCGAAAUAGUGAAACAGGCCAUCGAAGAGAAGACGAAUCUCCAAGAAUCUCAUUAGCGAACACCGUCUUUCUAUCUUCUUUUUAUAUUGUUUAUUAUGACCCUUUUUAACCCACAUCUGUAAAGAAGCUUUUUUAUGUAAAAUGAUGCGCUCAUUUUUUUUUUUCAUGAAUUCACUUGCAAAGACCUAUUGUACAGCUGUAGAUAUAUUUCAAAGAGGACUCAUUGGUACUAUAAUUUUUUUUAAACGGACACUUGCAAAGAACAUGGAAAAUCCUAUAUUUUCAUUUUUGCAAAAAAAAAAAAAAAAAGAAAAAGUAAGAAAAUAAGAAAAAGAUAACAGAUAAGAUGAAAAAUCAGUGAAAGAAAUUAUUUUCUGGGAGGGAAUUUUUAUUAGCUGCUUGUCCACGAUGUCACGUUUUAUUCCAAUAGUUCAUUUUAUUCGAUUUUCUGUUCUUUUAACCAUCCUAAGAUUUUAUUUAUUUAAACAAGUUCAUUAUUUUAUACUUUUCCUGUAGCCUGGCAGCGGGCUCUAAAGUUGAGAGAAGCUGUCUACGUUGUGACUCCACACACUCUCUGAGUCUCAGUCUGCGUUUAAAUGAUAUUCAUCUUUUGUGUGUGUGUGUGUGUGUUGUGUAACUCGAGCUUGGCCUUUUUGUUGUAUGGAGGUCAAGGAAGAGUGGAAUAUGGAGGUAAAAGAAAGUGUUCAGCCCAACAUUCAUUUUGUCACAACUCUCUUUCUUGAAGCUGACAAGAGACGCACAUAAUAGAUCUGAGCAGACCUUAAGCAUAAACACUACAGCUUGUUUUCUUUUCUGGCUCAUGUACAAUAAAUCCACAAAUAUAUUUCAAAAUCUAAGCUAUUUUUUAAAGCUUUCAACUAAGACACAAUGGUGCUCAGGCUAUGGCACAUGGUUGAAAGUUAAGAAAAAAGGCUACUAAGUGGAUCUUGAGUUAAAAUGUCUUUGUCUAACUGCUGUUUCCAAAGUUAAAAGUUAGAUCCAUGUACUGUAGUUUCACAAACUCGCUGUUCAACUCAUGUGAAGUAAAGAUGCAGUUUAUUGGC